AAUGUUUCAGAAACUCAAGGUCUAAUGAGUAAGUAGUAAUUAUUAGUUGGUUGACUGUCAAGAUAUUAUGAAAUAACAUUUUGUUUUAUUUACAUAUACAUGAAAUGCUUGUGAUACGCGAAACGAGUGUAUUCUACUGGCUCAGUGAAACAAGUAACUGAUAAAAUGGAUUCUUAUUUUUCUUACGAUGAUGAUACAUUAAUUAUUCCUGAUGAGGAAGCCAACAAGAACGAAACGUCAAUGGAAUUUAAUGAUGCACAUUUAUCGCUUAUCGUUAUUUGUGGAGAAGAACAUGAUAGUAGACCACAUACACUUCCUUGAUAUCCAGUUGAACAGAAGAUAGGAUGGUUCAUUCAGCAGAGAUGUCUAUAGAAAACCUACGUCUGUAGGACAGUAUAGACACAUUUCUUCAGUUUCAUAUCAAUCCGAUACAAAAUGAAAUUGGUCGGAUCGGUCACGAAUAGAGCAAGACGGAUCUGUACAGAUGACUGCCUGGAAAAUGAAUUAGUAUACAUCCAAAAUACACUCGUUCAAAAGGGUUAUUCUAGUAGAUUUGCAAAGAGACACAUGAAUGCUGUGUAUAAUAAAGCGAAACCAACCACAGAUAAAAAGAAACAACUGUUCAUGAAAUCGCAGGUAAAUGGGGACAUGGCUAGUCAAGUCUUACAUCUGAGAUUAUCUAAAGCCAUGAAAGGACUUAUCCUGCUGCUACUUUUUGUUUCUAGACUACCAAUUAUGAUCGCUUAAGCGAAAGAUAAGCUGCUCUGUUGUGUCACUUCUAUGUGCACUUAUAAUUUUAGCUCCUGUCGGGAGAAAGCAAUUUAAGGGGGGCAACUAGGCAACCCAAUAAACGUAUAACCGAGCACCUUCCUUCAUGGUUCAGGAAAAGCCAAAUAAAAUCCAUAAGAAGUUCUAUUUUAUUUCAUUUGAUUGGUAACGGUCACCAAAUGGAUAGAAAAAGAAUGCCUUCAAGGUUAUCUGUCACAUUCAGUUGGAUCUUCCUAAGGGAAUUCAAACCUCCCUUUUUACACACAGCAAAAACCUUGAAAAUGUGAGAGAACAAUACUAGUCUUUACAUACAAAAGUACUUUGUUUCUCUCUUGGCCUACGAAAAUUCUAAUUAAAACUUCCCACCCUUUCUUAUUCUCCAUUUCUCUCAUACUUCUAUGAUGUUUAUUUAAACUCUGGUUAUCCAUCUACUUCACUUUUAGUAUUAGGUAACUCUUAAGAUUUGACAAAAUUUAUUCACUGAAUUGUUUACAUAAACAUAGUACCUUCGUUAUUCUUAUCAGCACCUACAUAAAUUUCUUGCACUUUUGUUACCAUUGUCCUUAUUAUCAUAAUUUUUGCGGCUAUUAUAAUCACCGUUACUACUGAAGUUCAAAACAGUUAAUACAUUAGCUUUGAUAAACACAUUCGUUGAUUUGGCUUUAUAUAUAUUAUAUGUAUAUAUAAAGCUUUGUAUAUUAGACUAAAGCUUGAAGAAGAUUUAAGUGAAAAGAAUAUUGUCCACUUAUAUGCGUUGUUUUAAUUUUAACGAUGAGAAUAUUUAAAAAUAUUUAUUAGAAGCCUAAUAAUAAUAACAUUAAGUCAUUCGUAGUGCCUGUUUGAAGUCGCCUGGGGCUAAAACAUUAUGCUACAUAGGGCUAAUCUGAUGGCCACAGUCGAUUUCACGACGUGAAUCGAUACAGUUAGUUAUAAGAGGAGAAAUACAUUUGAUGUAACAGCAAUAUAAGUUAAACGAUGUAAAGAACAAAACCCCACGUGUUAUGCUCUGGACACAAGAGAGCAACAACCUGUGCUUUCUGUUGUAUAGCCAACUAGAAUUUCCUUGAGUUACGCGCAAUGCGAAAAUCUCCCGACGAUAGUAAAAAGAAGACGGUUAUUUACAACAACAAAAUCUGCGAUGUUAUCCAACAGUCAUAGUAUAUCAGAACGGUAAAUUAUCUCAACAAUGCCAUCAGACGGCUAUACACAUCGAACUAAUUCUAAAAUACAAAACAAGUGCGGUAGAACGAAAUUAGUUUACCAAAAGUCAACUGCAAGAAUUGCUGGGGAGAAUCAAGAAGAAUAUCCCCAACAAGGUGAAAUCAAAACUCCGUCUCCAAGAAUCACGCGCCAAGCAAUCCCCUCAGACAGUCCAAGUUCAGAAUGACUUUAACUCAGUCAAACCAAAUGGCAGUCGUGAAGUAACACAUUAUCAGUAUCAUUCCACAAGCACAAAGAGAAGCAUUAAAAUGAGAGAUUAAGCUGGAGCAGAGAUAAAUAAUACGGAUUAAGUCAACGUGUGAUAUGCAAACGUUAGGACAAUGAUAUAGAUAUAUAUAGUCUGGAAGUAAAGAGUAAAAUAAUUACAGAGUUAGUUGAAGCAUCCAAAUAGGUAUCAGUAUUGCAAUUGGGUCAUUCAGAAGAGAUUUUUCAAUUAUUCCGUUACAAAUAAGUGUUUUCAUUCGUAAUGUGAUACUAUUUUUUGUGUGAUUUCUUCUAUCGAAACCUUGAUAGUCAUUCCUAUUUCGAUGAGUUGCUGUAAGUGUAUGCCAUAUUUCAGCAAAACAUCUUGUUCGAUAAUUUCUAAGUUUAAUGUACUCUUCAUGCAUAUCUAGAAGAGAAAUUAGCCCUUGUAAUGAAUAAUUGUGCCUUAACUAUAAACCCAACAAAAACAAAUUUGUAUGAAACAAAGGGGAUGAGAGAAAAGCUAUUGGAAGUUAUAUUCUUCAAUAUACAAUAAACAUCUAACAUCUGCCUAAUUGAUUCGACCCCAAAAUGUAUCUCACCUAGGUUUUACCAAUUCAAAACUCCCGAAAAGAUAGUUUCUUUGUGACGAAGUUCACUAGUACGUUUAAACUAAUACAGUGAAAGGAUAAACUCUGAAGACAUUCAGAGAUUUCAUGAAGUGUAGUUAAUUCAUGUGUGAAAAUGUGGAAACCUUCGAAUUAUUUUGAAGUGAGCAUUGCAGAUUUUGUUAAAGAGGACACUAAAAGCUUUGAUAUUAAACAAAUUAUCCCGGGGAACACGAUUCAUUCUCUGAAGAUUUAGAUCUCUUCCCAUUUUAUUCAUCGGUAACAAUGAUGAAUGACGAAUUUUAUUCAGUAUACACAUUGCAUCUUUACUAUGUUGAAAUUAUAGCGAUGGAAUGAUUGAUCCAGAAAACUCAAGGUCUAAUGAUAUUAGUCAUUCCUAUUUCGAUGAGUUGCUCGAUGGAAUGAUUGAUCCAGAAAUGGAUCCACAGGAACCAACGCACCCACAGAUGAAACCAGAGCUCCCACAGACGAAACCAUGGAUACACCCAGAGGAACCAAUGCACCCACAGAUGAAACCAGACAUUAUGACACCAGCACCAAAAAUGAAUCCACAGGAACCAACGCACCCACAGAUGAAACCAGAGCAGCCACAGUUGAAACCAGAGGUCACGACACCAACACCAAUGAUGCAGACGCAGGAACCAACGCACCCACAGAUGAAAACAGAGCAGCCACAGAAGAAACCAGAAAAACAUCCAGAGCAGCCAAAGCACCCAGAAAAGAAACCAGAGGUUGUGACAGAAAAACCACAAAAUGAAAGUUAUUUCCCUGAAUGGUUCUACAAGAUAUUCCAGAUAGAUGAACCAAUCCUUCCUCUCUGGAUAAUCAGCCCAAUAUUUUACGUACAACAGAUCUACAUAAAAGCAUUUUAUUACGUGUAUCGUGUAAUAAUAAAGUUUCCUAAGAUUUUGGUCAGAAAUUUUAUUAAAUUGUCAUUUUCAUCUCAACUUACUUUUUAUUUGAGAAUUGUCACUAAGGGCAAGACUAAUUGCGGCAAACUACUGAAUCGAAGGCGACUGGAGAUGCUCUAUGGAUGCGGUGAUCACGACUAUAUGAAUAUUAUUGUAUUUAUUUUGCUUUGUUCAAGAUGCUUAAAUAAAUCUGAUGCAUAA